UGUCUGACUAAUUCUCUUUGCCUGUUUCCCCUCUGACUGACGAUGGCCAAAGCCCAGUUGUUUGUAUCACAGGACGAGUUCACUUGCUCAGUGUGUCUAGAGAUUCUCACUGACCCCGUCACCAUCCCCUGUGGCCACAGUUUCUGUCUGAAGUGCCUCACUGACUGCUGGGAUCAAAGCCAAGUGUGCAGCUGUCCUCAGUGCAGAGAGACCUUCAUGCCAAGGCCUGAGCUACGAAGAAGCACUGUGCUGAAUGAAGUCAUCAAGAAAUUAAAGAAGACGGCAAACAAUCCUCCUCCUCUUCCUCAGUCUCAGAAUUAUGCAAGCCCUGGAGACGUGGAGUGUGACUUCUGCACUGGGAAUAAAUUUAGAGCAGUGAAGUCUUGUCUGACUUGUAUGGCCUCUUACUGUCAGACUCACCUUCAGCCUCACUAUGAAGUAGCUGCCUGGAAGGACCACAAGCUGACUGAUCCUGAUGGAAAUCUCGAGGAGAAACUCUGUGCAAAACAUCUGAAAAGCUUGGAAAUAUUUUGCAAAACCGAUGAGAUCUGUAUCUGCUUGAUGUGCAUGGUGACUGGACAUAAAGAUCAUGACAUAGUGGAGCUGGAGACAGAAAGAGAAAGAAAACAGAAACAGUUGGAGGCGACACUGAGUGACAUCACAAGGAGACUUGAGGAGAGAGAGAAGACACUGGAGGAGACAAGAAGGGCGAUGGAGCAGAUGAGGAUCUCUUUUGCAAGAGAAGUAGAAGAAAAUGACAAAAGCUUCAAUGAUCUUAUUAACUGCAUUAUGGAAACCCACAGUAAAUUGACUGAGAGGAUCAGAGAACAAGAGAAGAGGGAACUGGAGAAGGCUGAAGGAAUUAUGAAGGGACUGGAGAAAGAGAUUGUGGAACUAAAGAGGAGAGAGGCUGAGCUUCACAAGCUGUCAGAAACCAAGGACCACAUCCACUUUCUGCAGAUUUUCUUGUCUUGCUGUAACCUUCCUCCUGAUAAUGGAAACUUCCUCAACUUCACUGUCACUGCUGAUUUUUCUUCUGAGGACCUGAGAAAGGAGCUGUCAUGUCUGAAGAAGAGUGUGGAGAAGGUCAGCCAGUGGGACAUCAUGUCAAGGACUCUAUCAGUUAGGAGAGUGGUGCCACUAAGGACCAAGCAGAUGACUUUUGGAGGGAGACGGACGACAUCAACAAUAAGAAAAGGUUUUGUCACAGUAACCUGCCCUCCCACUGGCAGAUUCUCUGUCUGAGACUAAUAUAAAUAUUGAAGUAAAAAGCAAAUAAGUGGCAUAAGAAUUGGCAUGAAAUAAUAGAGGAAAGAAAGAAUCCAGAGCAUCUGGGUGAAGACUGAGAUUAGGAUUGACUUUCUUCUCAGCCUCUGCCGCCACACAACCCUUCUGCCCUAGAAAUGGUGGGGGAACUGGAGUCAAUUAAGUGCAACCUUUUCAAGAAAAGAGGGCUUGAGGCACUGCUGAACUGCUUUAUCUGAUAGGAGAGUCCCCGAGCGUAAGCAUGCAGGGAUGAAAAAUGAGGGUCUGAGUCCCUCUGAACCAUGCAAGGGUUCAAAACCCUCAAAGGGGUCAAGAAGCUGUUAUUCUUACGUGAAGUGUCUACAACAACUGGACUUUGAUUGGAUUGGAUUGGAUUGGAGAUUGGAGCUUGGAGGCUUGAAGAAACAUACUGAUUUGUUGACUUCAUCGUUGCAAACAAGAAAGAAUUGUUGAGAGUUGCUGAGACUUGUUGUUUUCUGUGGUGUGGGAGUAAAUUAAAAAAAUAAAUUUUGCUCCUAUAAA